AUGAAGGGCAACGGCCGCGGUCCGGCCGCGGUAACGCUGAUUUACUACCACGUGCCCACCGACCAGGACGAAGCGCAAUUUCCGAACGCGUUCCCACUCCCGAAACCAAGCUCGGAGAUAAGGCUUCGGGACGUGCGGGAAAAAUUUCCACUGCCGGGCGUCUACCAUUUCCGCUUCAAACUUAAGUGGAGCGACAAUACCAGCGUCUGGAUGGACGUCACCAAUGAAGACAGCGUUGUACCCAAGUUCGACGAAAAAAUCAUAUGCAAGGUAAAGAGUGGUUGGCUCAUAUUUCUUCCUUUUAGUACCAUGUCAUCAGGUUCUUGAAAAUAGUUCCACUCGCAUGAUUGUUUUUCGCGUAGAAUGCGCUGCAACUUUUUCUUACAACAAUCAGGUGCUCCGCGUGUCGUGGAGCGGCAGCGGUGUACCGGCAGCGGAAAAUCCUAGAUCACAAAGCAAGCAGCUCGGGGCGAACACCAAGCACCCGCCCCCAACCCAAUUGCUCGACAGCCUCGAAAAGACGAAAACGCCUCCCGGGCAGAAGAAGCCGGCUGCAGCGACCCACGCAGACCUGCUUUUUGGCGAGAAUUCCCCCAAAAAUAGCAAGCAAGCGAGCACAACAGACUUGCUCUUCGACGGCUUCACCUCCGCGCCGCCACCUCGAAAAGACGACUUUGACCUGUUUUAG